UUGGAAGGCUUACUACACAAAGCUGGGAGGACAACAAAAUGGCGGCUGCACCAUCAACUUUGGUAACACAAAUCCGUGAAGAACUGUCCAGCAGCAUCUGCUUGGAGCUGUUCACCAGGCCCAAGGUGCUGCCCUGUCAGCACACCUUUUGUCAGGACUGUCUCCAGCACUUUGAAGGAAGGGAGGGGGCCUUCCAGUGCCCAAACUGUCGUCAGGAGAGUAAGCUUUCACCCCAAGGGGUCGCAGGUUUGCCAGAGAACCAUCUGGUAAAAAGUCUGUGUGAGAGGCUGCAAAACCAGGCUACACUGUCAGGGGAGACAAGGGAACAACCCCAGUCUGGAAACAGGUGCAGCUUUCACCCCUCUGAGGUACUCAAAGUUUACUGUAAACAAUGUCAGAUUCCAGUUUGUGAUCUGUGUUUAGAGCAGGCUCAUGAUGAUCAUUGCACAACAACCAUCAAAAAAGCUGCACAGGAAAGGAGAUCUACAGUCCAGGGAUUGAUAGACGAGGGCAAAAGUAUUCUGGAAAGUUACUUAAGCUUUCCUAGAAGUCUUAGGGAAGAAGAGAAAAGCCUGAAUGAACAGAAACAGCAGAGAGACAACAGCAUCAUUCAGGCCUACAACCAAAUGGUGCAGAAACUCACAGAGAGAAAAGAUCACCUCUUGUCUGAAUCACAACAAAGUCACAAAGACAAUAGGGACAGAGUAAUGAAUGAAAGAGACAGAGUGUUGGCAGAUAUCAAUGAGCUGUCUGCUGCCUGUGAUCGAGCAGAACAAGAACUGCAGCUGGGAUGGGUUGAGAUUCUCAGUCAGGAAACCGCUUUGACAGAGGUGGUAGGAAAGUACAGAGGAAAAGCAGCACCAACUCCUGUACAAACCCAGCCUGCUGUCUUUCAGCCCACAGACACCCGAGUGCCAGUAUUGGGACAUGUGAGGAUUCAGUCUCUACCAUCUGCACCAAUCCCAGUGGCACCUGCACCAAUCUCAGCAGCACCUGCACCAAUGUCAGCAGCACCUGCACCAAUCUCAGCAGCACCUACACCCGUCUCAGCAGCACCUGCACCAGUCUCAGCAGCACCUGCACCAAUGUCAGCAGCACCUGCACCAAUGUCAGCAGCACCUGCACCAACCUCAGCAGCACCUGCACCAGUCUCAGCAGCACCUGCACCAGUCUCAGCAGCACCUGCACCAAUCCCAGCAGCACCUGCUCCAGUCUCAGCAGCACCUGCACCAGUCUCAGCAGCACCUGCACCAAUGUCAGCAGCACCUGCACCAGUCUCAGCAGCACCUGCACCAAUGUCAGCAGCACCUGCACAAAUCUCAUCAGCACCUGCACCAACCUCAGCAGCACCUACACCAAUCUCAUCAGCAACUGCACAAAUCUCAUCAGCACCUGCGCCAAUCUCAGCAGCACCUGCGCCAAUCCCAGCAGCACCUGCAUCUAGUAAUGAUGCAACAGGGGGCACAGCUCAUCACCAUGGCAACCAAAGACAAGGGAAGGAUCUGGCUCAGAGGGUGAUAUUUGGUGAAGGGGGAUCGGGAACGAAACAGUUUUGGUAUCCAGUUGGUGUUACGGUGUCAGAUGAAGGGCAGAUCUUUGUAGCAGACUGGGGAAACAAGAGAAUCCAAGUCUUCACCCUGCAGGGAGCAUUUGUGAGACAGUUUCCAACAGUCGUGGCAGGUGGACAGAAGAUGGACCUAUAUGACGUGGCCAUGGACGGGGUGGGGAGCGUGUGGGGGGUGGGGAACCUGGUGGUGGGGGGUACAUACUCUGCUGAGUUUGCGGUGCAGUACAGCAAAGAGGGCAGGAUGCUGAGGAUGUUUGAUCUACAGGCGGCAGUGGGGUACAGAGGAGUUGCCGUGGACACCAGGAUGAACCACAUCCUCAUCACACAAAUCACAGGAGAUGGGGACAACAGACAUGGUGAGGUUUUGGUGUUCAGGCCAGAUGGGACACUUGUGAGAACCGUGAGAACUGUGGGUCAGCAGCCCAGGAUGAAGCUCCCGCGGUUCCUCACAGUGGGCAGCGAAGGGAACAUUCUUGUGUCAGACUGUGACAACCACCGUGUCUAUGUGUACAAGGAGGACGGAGAGUUUCUGUUCCGGUUCGGCGGCAAGGGAAGUGGUGAAGGUCAGCUGAAGCAUCCCCAUGGCAUCUGUUCAGACAGGGCAGGUAACAUCAUUGUGGCAGACUGGGGAAACAGGCGUGUGGAGAUGUUUGACAAGACAGGAAAAUUCCUCAAACACAUAGUUAAAAACAUGAGGUGGCCUCAUGCUGUCGCCAUAGCAACACAGGGACAGCUGGUGGUGAAUAAUGUAAAGAACGAAACAGUCUCUAUAUUUCACAACUCCUGUUGCGAAGUUCUCCAACAACAGACCAUACUGUCAGGGGAGUUUCUCCCAUCUACACCAAUCCCAGCAGCACCUGCACCAAUCUCAGCAGCACCUACACCAGUCUCAGCAGCACCUGCACCAAUCCCAGUGGCACCUGCACCAAUAUCAACAGCACCUGCACCAAUCCAAGCAGCACCUGCACCAAUAUCAACAGCACCUGCAGCAAUCCAAGCAGCACCUGCACCAGUCUCAGCAGCACUUGCACCAAUCCCAGCAGACCCUGCACCAAUUACAGCAGCACCUGCACCAACCUCAGCAGCACCCACACCAAUCUCAGCAGCACCUGCACAAAUCUCAGCAGCACCUACACUAAUCCCAUCAGCACCUGCAUCUAGUAAUGACACAACAGGGGACAGAGCUCACCAUGGCAACCAAAGACAAGGGGAGGAUCAGCCUCAGAAGGUGACAUUUGGUGAAGGGGGAUCUGGAACAGGACAGUUUUGGUAUCCAGUUGGUGUUACAGUGUCAGAUGAAGGGGAGAUCUUUGUAGCAGACAGGGAGAACCAGAGAAUCCAAGUCUUCACCCUGCAGGGAACAUUUGUGAGACAGUUUCCAACAGUCGUGGCAGGUGGACAGAAGAUGGAUCCACAUGACGUGGCCAUGGAUGGGGUGGGGAGCCUGUGGGGGGUGGGGAACCUGUGGGUGGGGGGGACAGACUCUGCUGAGUUUGCGGUGCAGUACAGCAAAGAGGGCAGGAUGCUGAGGAUGUUUGAUCUACAGGCGGCAGUGGGGUACAGAGGAGUUGCCGUGGACACCAGGAUGAACCACAUCCUCAUCACACAAAUCACAGAAUGCGGGCCGUUCCACCUACAUGGCGAAGUUUUGGUGUUCAGGCCAGAUGGGACACUUGUGAGAACUGUGGGUCAGCAGCAGGGUAUGAAGCACCCACGGUACAUCACUGUGGAUAGGGAAGGGAACAUUCUUGUGUCAGACUGUGAGAACCACUGUGUCUAUGUGUACAACGAGGACGGAGAGUUUCUGUUCCAGUUCGGAGGUGAGGGAAGUGUUGAAGGUCAGCUGAAGGGUCCCCUUGGCAUCGGUACUGACAAGGCAGGUAACAUCAUCGUGGCAGACAAGGUAAAGGGUUGUGUAGAGAUGUUUGACAAUAAAUGCAAAUUCCUCAGACACAUCAUUACAGAGACGGACAACCCAUGUGCUGUUGCCAUGGCAACCCAGGGACAGCUGGUAGUGACUGAUGCAGUGAAGCGCACAAUCUCCAUAUUUCAACACAUUUAAGUCAACACCAGCUGUCCAUGGUUUGCCAUAAUGAUAGUGGUGACUAGGGGUGGGUGCCGGUACACCGUACCAGUACAGUUUUUUCUUGUUGGACCAAUCCAGAAAAACUGGACCUGAAAAAAAUCUGUAGACCAGAUGUUGGACAGAUUAAACAAUGAAGAGAUUUUAAUCGGCAGGUGUCCAUGCGUUUGGGGGGCUUACAGGUCCAAGAAAAUAACAAGAGUUGAUCAUCCAAACUUCUACAGUCAAUCUUGGUCUAAAACAGGCAGUGUUGUUUAUACAUAUAAUAAAAGAUUUUGAAAACGCCAAUGGGCGUUGGAUACUUCACCGAACAGAAUCCUUUGUACUGAAAAUGACCGUUGUUCUGAGUAUCGACUAUUCAUACGUUUUCACAGCUAAUUAGGUCCAGGUUCAGGUCCGGACCUGAUCCUCUGGACCUACAUUGUAAACUGCAUCUGUACCUUAAUUUUCUGUACCGGUACCCACUACAGGGACAGCUGGUAGUGACUAAUGCGGUGAAGCGCACAGUCUCCAUAUUUCACAGGUACUGAACCUGAGUCAGGUGUGGAAAAGAUUUUACCAAAAGGCAGUAUCACUGCCUGAUCUAAUGUUUUAUAAUAUACAAACUGUGUUGUGUUUAGGAAAUGUAAUGUCAGCAAACCCAAUGUAACCCAGAGCAACUACAUUGUAUGUAAUGCUAUAGGAAAAGAAAAGUGAUCUAAACCAACUCAGUUUUAACUGACUGAAGAGCUACUCUAGACUUCACUGGUCAUGUCAGAGAAAACAGAUACUAAAUUGUGUAGUAUUUACAGUUUUAUUGUACCGGGAAAAUUCCCCUCGCUCUUUACGACAAGCACAAUGAACAGUAGACCACGGCUUAACGUCCUGUUCUAAGAACAGCAACCCUUUCUGCGGGUAGCGUGCAUGUUGGGCAAGCAACACAGCCAGAAUCAAACUCAUGGCUUCUAGAUGCAGAACAAGGGCCGCUAACCACUGGACUAUGAACGCUACCUUUGGACAUGUGUAGAAUGAAUUAUGUAACUAUUGACUGUACUACAAUUUACAAAUACAAUAUUAUUGUUGAUUUUGUCUUCAGAGUGGUGAAGGGCAACCUGUUUACCCAUCCCUUUUAA